AUGCAACUCCUUUUGGCCUCCGUCCCGCUCGCCUUGGCUCUCUUAUCGUCCGCAGUUCCCCUCGGGAGUGGUGCAGUGCGGCGCCAUGCUAUGGCAAGCAACUUUGAUAUACCCUCUUCAUGCUCUUCAAGUGGUUCCAUCAGCAGCCAACCCAUAUCUAUCUCCGAUCCUGGGCUCGCCUCAGUGGACAACUCGACGGUCAUUGCAAGCAGCGACAACUCGACCAUCAGCGAUGCUGAUUUACCCUCCGACGAUCCCGACAGUGAUCUACUCGACUCGAGUUCGACCGUUUCCGCUAAUAUUACACGCCGAUGGGGAUAUAGUGACCUCCAGGAGUACUGGUGGGGGCUUUGCUCUAACCUGGGGUCGAGCUUAUAUGACGACUGCAUCAACUUGGGCUUCGACAGUUUUGACGCACUGUCUGCAGAAGCCGAUGUCUGUGACCAACAAAGCGUCUCGGACCGCAUGAUUUCUUGGGCAAAGAGCAGUGGAUGCGACAAUUGGCAAGACUUUGUGGAUGCUGCCGUCUCUUAUCGACAACUCCCACGCGAAUCUGUCAUGUUGUAUGGAUUUUAUCCUUCCACACCGUACUGCAACUCGCAGCCCACAAACAUCGAAAUCUAUGGAAUUUGGAACCAACAAGCUGAAGGUGUAACCCCUGGCCUAUACGGAGGGCCCAACUAUCCCAUCACUCCGUUUGGCGAUGACGCUUCCUGUCCAUUUGGUCGCUCUCCUAACCUCCGUACAUGCGAGUGUGUCUCGAGCUUCUAUUCUACCGACUUGAGGAACCUCCCGGGAGCGCCGAACACUAUCUUGGGUUCAGACUCUGAACAGGCAACUGCAACAAUUAGUGCUGAUACCAGUGAAGAAACAGCAACAGAAUCCGCUUCUACCACCGAUGCAGCAGACAGCGAAGCGACGGACGCUGCCUCUAGCGAUGACUCUGAUGACUCUACAGAUAGUUCUGAUGACUUAUCCGCAACGGACAGCGCCGCAGAUGCUACUGCCACGACCGAGAUUGACGGAGACGUUAAUGACCCCAACGGUCGUCGGCGUAAGAGAUUGUUUUAA